AUGAAUAGUUAUUUAAUAAGUAAGUACUCUCAAUCAACUCAUUAUCAUUAUAAAAAAGGAAUAAAUGACAUUUUGGAAGGAAAAAGAUGUUAAUUACUAAUCACACUUAAAGAUCUGUAAUGUUAUGACACACCCCAAGAACACUUAGCUAAAUAUUAUCACAUUAAUCAGUUAAGAGAUAAAUUACAUAUGUUGGGAGAAUAUUAUAAAUAUCAUAAUGACAUACCUCGUUUAUUUAUGAUUCCUGCCAUUAUCCCCUUAAAUUAUUUUCAUGAUCGCAAAAGAAGACUUGCAUUUUUUAGAAUCGCACGCUUGAUUGCACAAGAAAAUCAUAACAACCCUGAUAAACCACAAAAAGGAAUUGUAGGUGAUUCACCCAUCCCUUUGACAAGCGAACAAAUCACACCACAAGAUCCCAGUUCCUCCGAUGAAGUAUAUUCAACCAAAUUACAUUAGAUCCUCUCGAAAAAUGAUAAAAUCUUGCAAGGAAUCAGUUUCCUAAUCUAAGAACCUGACUCCAUUGAAAAAAUCAAACAAUAAAUUCAGUCUAUGAUCAAGCUAAAAAAAUAGCCAAAUACAUCCUCCACCAAAAUCAACAGCAUCGGAAGCAACACAACCACCAGUAAAUCCAAUAAGCAAUCUAUUCUGAAAUAAACCAAAUAACCACAACCAUAACCACAAAAAAGCAAGUCUCCUCCACUCAAAAUCCAAUCAGCUUCCAUCCAAUUGAUUGAUGUAGCCUCACCCAGAAACCAAUAGCCAUCCAAACAAGCAUCUCCUAAAGAUAUUCAAUAAUUUACUAAAAGCAAACCCAAAUCCCCUUCUGUCAAUAUUGCUUCACCUGUUCAACAAUUUAUGAAACUAUCCGCUAAGAUGAAACAAUCAUUUAAUAAAUAAUAAUGCAGUAGUGCCAGGAACAAUACAAAUAUCCCAAACAGUGCCAAUUAAAGAAAGAGUAGUGUCACUCACAUACUGAACAUACUCAAAUCACCAAACAAAAAUAGUUCACAACAGAUUUAACAUGUUUCAUCCACUCCUAGAGAUCAGGAAUCCAAAAGAAGCUUCAACAAUAAAAAGGUUCAUCAACUGGAAUUGCAAGUGAUGUCUGAUUUGCAGAGCCUAUUGUAAAAAAAGACCUGCUUAACUCAUAGAAGUUCAAUGACUAAUAAAAACUGUCUCAAGAAGAAGCUGAAUACUAGAGAACUCAAUUAGUUUAAGUGUGUAAGGUUACCCCUAUCCAACAGAGACGUUAAUAAUCAACAAAAAGAAUGA